AGUUCUGUAGUAACAAAGUGGGGAGAUGCUUGGAGAGCGCACGCUUUUACGAAUCACGAUGUCAGUAUAGAAAGAAGGCUCAGGUAGAAAAGGUGUGUAAGUAGUUGAACUCUUGAGCCAGUCUGAAUGAGAAUUUGGUAACAACUGAUAUCAUGUUACUGAAGAUGGUAUCAUGCACGACGCUGUGUUUCUUGGCCGCAGCUCUGUUAUUCGUCGUGCUUCUAUUCAUACUAGCUCUGUACAUGUACUCACAGUACACGAUAGGAGCCUGCAAAAGUAAAAACAGAAUGGACGGGAAGACGGUGAUAAUAACAGGAUGCACUUCUGGUAUCGGCAAGGAGACUGCCAGGGAUAUCGCAAUAAGAGGCGCCAAAUUGAUCAUGGCUUGUCGAAAUGUAGAGGCAGCAGAAAAAUUGAAAGAGGAAUUAUUCAAGGAAACGGGUAAUACCCACAUUGUUGUUCGAAAGCUCGACCUGUCGUCGCUUUCUUCGGUCAGAAAGUUUGCGGAACAAAUAAAUCGCGAAGAGGACCGGUUAGACGUGUUGAUCCACAACGCAGGAACUGCCGAUGUGUUUGAGAAGAAGGUGACGGAGGAUGGUUUGGAAAUGACCAUGGCAACGAAUCAUUACGGGCCAUUUUUACUUACGCAUCUUUUAAUUGAUUUGCUGAAACGUUCAAAACCAAGCCGGAUAGUUGUCGUCGCAUCGAGCCUAUACUUUUUGGCAAGAUUAAAUUUAAACAAUGUUAAUCCGACCACGACACUACCUGCAUACUUGUAUUACGUUUCCAAGUAUGCGAAUAUUGUGUUCACCUUUGAAUUAGCGAGACGUCUCGAAGGUACUGGCGUAACAGCUAAUUGCCUGCAUCCUGGACUCAUAAACACUGGUAUCUGGAAGAAGGUGCCAUCCCCGUUUUCCUAUGCUUUACGAUUUACAUUAAAUACCUUCUUCAAAACGCCUGAACAGGGUGCACAAACAACCAUACACCUUGCCGUUUCGGACGAAGUAAACGGAAUUUCUGGCAAAUACUUCACGGAUUGUCAUGAACAACAACUUCGUGGCGAUAUAACAGAUCCAGCAAAGGGUAAAAAGUUUUGGGAACUUAGCGAAACUUUAGUGAAACUUCAACCAACAGAUCCGAAAAUUUAGAAACAUACAAUGCGUGUUUUAUAUGAAGUAUUCAAGUAUUGCUAAGCUUUUCUCGCAUUCAGCAAUUUAGUUUCUUAGUUAUUUUUUGGACGUUUCUAUACGAAUAACUUGUAUCGACUACAUCGCUUACUACAUAUUAAGGAGGAUAAUAAAUAUUUUUUGUAUAUUUACCACA